UACACAAGAAAGAAAGACUCACAUAAACACAGCUCACUAAACAGAUUAAGCUACUGACAAACCAGUGUGCGUGUGUUUUUGUGUACAUACAGUGUCUACUCUGGUGCCGCCCUUCUUGGUGCUAGCCAGAGUCUCUCAGUAAGUCUUAGCAAAACCUGUUAGUAACCAGACAGAAUAUGUUCUACUUCUGGCAUUUCCUCUGCCCUUUCUUCCUCCUGUCAGCCAUGGCCACUGCGGCACCUCUUGGGCAGGAAGUGGACCCAGCUGACCCAGAGGUACAGGCCUGUGUUGCCUUCGGCAUCAAGAGCUUCAACUUCCACAGCCAGACUCAUCAGCUCCACAACAUUACCAAGUUCCACUCUGUCCACAGAGAGGUGAGAGACCUCCGUUUGACUGCAAUCUCGCCAGCUCAUAAUUGAUUUUAAGGGAUCAUACCUUAUUGGUGAUCUGUUCAUAAAGACUGCAACUCCUCAGAAAGAUUUAGGGAGUGCAUUUUCUUCUUUUUAGGUAUGGUGAUUCGAGAGUUAGCAUUUUUAUAUAUGUUUUUUUUCUAAUUCUGUACAUGUCUUAUUUUCACUUCCCAACCAGAUAAACAGAGCUUUGUUGCAUUUGCAUUGUAAAUGGAAGCAUGAUUUCACAAUCGCUCGUGUUUGCUCUGCGUCCGAUGACUUUGUGAAGUCAUCGGACGCCCUUUACUCCACAAAUGAAGUUGAACUGAGGUGUGUCUCUCUCAGGAGGUCGGUGCAGGUCAGUACGACAUUGAUGUGGAGGUGAGAGGUUGCCAGUCCUCCUGUUCUCCAGACAACUCCAACACCCAGGUACGCCUCAACCACAUCUUGAACCCUCUCUGUAUCAUGUAUUUUAUGGAUUUAGAUUAGGUGGGGGUUUGGGGGUAGACAGAGCGACCUGAACGUCCAUUACCAAUAGGUACAAAACUAACUCAAUUUCUCUCUGAUAGAUAAGGAGGAUGUGAAUAUUUUCUGAAUUCAUUUCAAGAAUGGCUUUGGGAGAGCCUUGCAUUUCAGACAAUUGAUGUAGACUAGGGUCUGCAAGGUUUUUAGAGGCAAUGAAAGUCAUUCAAGGGCUAGCAGUAUUUAGUCUUUAAUCUAAUCUCGUUAACAGGUGGAGUUGGUGCUAUCAGCACAGAGGCUGUGCAUGUUUACACUAUUCACAAAGAACUUGGAUAUUGAAGUUUCUCUGCUAUGCUAACUCCCUAAUCCCGAAACUGCUUUCCUCUCUCUCAUUCCAGAUUUUCCGUUGUAAUUUUGUUAUUGUGACUGCUCCUUGGAAGAACCAGCUGAUUCUGAUCAAAAGCACCUGUACUCCAGUGUCUUAGGAUGGACAGGAACUACUGUCUAUGUGCAACUACACACGUGAAAAAACACACUUAGUAUGUGCAAAUUUACACAUAGCUGUCAAUGGAAUCGUGAAACUAUGAAUGCAUUGUGUGAGGUUGUUGCGUUUAUCAGACAGGCACUAUUUGGCCUAGAAAGCUAACAGACACUAACAAACACUUCUUAAUCAGAAUUUAACCGAACACUAAUUAAUUUCCUGCUAGAAUAGAGUUAUUUGUAAGAAUAAAAUCAAUGUAAUUACUUGAGUACUGAUUAGAUUGUUGUGUGGUUUCUUAUAGAUUGUCUAAACUACUGUUUAAUAUGUGCCAGUGGUGCCAGUGAAAUUGAAUUAGGGGCUUGAUUCAUUGUGCGAUUGAAAUUUAAAGGCAAUUUCCAGCGUUAGCGGAGACUGCA